CAGUUCGCGGACGGACGUGUCUCAUCUCUUUCGUCUAGCUUCUUGGAGAACGCUCUUCCAUCUCUUUUCUCAUUCAUUGAGGCCUUCUUGAAAGAAAAAAGCCAUGAAGAGAGAAUAAAGAAGGAGAAGAAGCAAGAUUAAUAACUUUAUUAUAUCGUUUCGAACGUAUUCGCGUUUCCUUUCCUUAAAGUGAAGCUCGGUGAAAAUGAUUGGAAAAAUAGACAACGAGUUCUAUUCGUGCAUUUAUUGAGACGCCGCCGGUUAUGUGAACUGAGAACUUGUUUCAAGGUUUUUUUUUCAUUGAUAGGGGAAAGUAGAAAAAAAAAGAAAGAAAGAAAGAAAAAGAAAAGAAACGAGGGAGAUAAAGGACAAAGGGUCAAUUUGAUUUUUUUUGAAGCUAACGAUAACUUUCGGUGUUAUCUUGGAAAACAAAAAAAAAAAAAUAUAAGAAGAGAAAAGAUUUCGAAGGUCAAAGAUCAUCAGGACAAUUUCAUGCAUGUUGCUCUGACCCUGAUACGAGAAGCCACGCCGGAAUACCAAGGUCGUUUGCGAUCGAUCAGCGUGGCGUCGACUGCCACGUGACUGACUGAUUGAUCGUCUCCCAUCGUUUCAAUAAUAAUCUUGUGUCGAAGAUCGUUUCGUGCGAUUUCUUAAAAAUUCGGUAAGGUCGAAAUAAUUGUUGUGACCUUCCCUUCUACGAAAUUUGAGAUUAGUCUUACGAUGAAGGAUCAUUAAAAAUAUACACCUAAAAAACUAAUCCCGAUUAUCGUGAAAGUUUAUCUUACUAAAAGGAAAUAAAACUGUAUUUAAUUGGUUUAUAUUUGUUCCUUGCGUCGAUUAUUUUGUUAUGAUUAAACAAUCCACGACAGAUUCUCGAAGAUCUUGAAUUUUCUUCUCUCUUCGCAAUCGUGCGAGUAUAAGUAAAGAUUAACGUCAGUUUGACAUCAUUUUGGUCAGACUAAGGCGUGAUACUUCUCAAUAUCUCUUAUCGCGAACAUUUGAGAGAGUACGAAAAAGAAGAGACAGAGUGAACGAGCAAGAGAGAGCCAAAGAGAGAGAGAGAGAGAGAGAGAGAGAGAGAAAUAAGAGGGUUGAAUUGACAGAGAAGAAGAAGGGCUUGUGACGUGCAGUGCGAUCGGUGCGAAGGAGAUUUGAGGGACUUGGAGGAUCCAGUUACGACGUGACAUGACGAGAGACUUAUAAACGGCGAAAGCUAUAAGAAGAAAAAGGAUAAAGAAAGAGAGAGAGAAAAAGAGAAAGAGAUAGAAGAGUAGAAGGACCGAAAGAGUUUGGUGAAUCUUUGGGAAUCGAAAUCGCUACGUCAACGUGAUUGGUGUCACAGUUUAUCCUUCGUGAAAGCGAUACUCCGGCAAGGAGUAACCAUCGAAGUACAUGAGAAAAGGACAUGAACUACUCGCAAGGGAAGGGACGGCUUUACCCGGCCUACAGUCUGAGUGGCAGCGAGGGUGAGGAUAAUUCCCCUAGUCUGCGUGGUCGCGGCUCGGCCUAUCCUCAAAAUAAUCAUCAGACCACCCAGUCACAUCUCAAUCACUAUAACGCUAGUCAGCAUAAGCAACGUGCUUACCAGCAGCAGCAGCAACAGCAGCAACAACAGCAGCAACAACAGCAACAGCAACAGCAACAACAGCAACAGCAUCCCCUCUAUCAUAUGCCCGGCAGUGGUGCCGGACUCAGCGACACACCGACAUCGGGCAACGCUUCCGACGAAACUCUCACCGACAGCGAUCUGAUCACCGUUGCCCGUGACUCCGCCCUCCUCGUUCAUAACGAAAACUAAAAUGCCCCGAUAUUUUUCCCGACCUCGUACUCAAAUACAUACAUACAUACAUACGUCAGUUAUAUUUUACUUGUUUUGCUUUUUUUGAAAUUAUUUAAAAUAAUCUCAAUGCUCAAUAAUCUAAAAUUUGGAUUCAUCUACUAUUCGAUUUAAGAUCAAAGAAGACAGUUCAUUCUAUAGAUAAAUUUAUCACUUUUUAAAUUUGACUUCUGUCUGUUUGUGUUUUAUUAUCAAAAAAAAAGAAAAAAAAAAAAAAUCGAAAAACAAUUGGAAUGAAUGAAAAUCUUAUUUACAAGAAUUAGUUUCGAUAUUAAACAAUUUUCAUACUCAAUUGUUCGGAUCUAAUGCUUAUCUAAUAUGCCAUAGAAUUGAUUCUGUCUCAUUUAAAAAAUAUCCUCUCUUCCAUCAAAAUAAAAAUCGUAUUUAUGGCAAAUGAAUGAUUAAUUUAAGGAAAGAAAAAAAAAUAAAGAAACCACAAUAAUUAUAUCAGCCAAUCAAUUUGAACAAUGAUAUUAUCUUUUUCUAUCUAACCAAUUUCUUUUCUUAAUACGUUUAAUUAUUAAAUUAAUUAAAACAAUAAUCUUUAUAUACUUUCUUUUCUUUUCAAAUUUUUCUUUUUUCUUUUUUUCAUAAUACGUCACUUAAUAUAAAAAUAAACGUACAUAUAUAAAGGUAUAAACGAAUUAGAGGAUAAUAUCGAACGAUAAAGGAAAAAAGUGAUAUUUUUCCGUCAAUAAUUCUCAAAGUUCAAGUAGGUUGGAUCGCGACAGAGUCAGUCAUUCGCAAUAACGCGAAAUCGUGUCUCUACAUUACUCAAACAUGAUAGAUGGGCCACACUGCGAUGAGGUGUGAGGCUACACGCGGGGGUUUGCCUACGACGGGAGGAAGGGUGUAUAUGGAUGUGGAGAAGGGAAGGAAGCAAAAGGGAGAGGGUGGGUUAUCGGCACGCUGGCUUGUCAGAAAUGACGUAUCGCUUUCGAGCUAGGUAUAUAUGUACAUAGGCCGCUUGCGUAGCUUUGCCUCUAUGCCUCUACUAUGUUCUAGACUAUCCUCUACCACCUUCCUUGGACACACCGCACCUGGAAACCUUCCUAGUUUCCGACAAGUCACCCGAACACUUGCGCGUGAAAGGCAUAUAUCAUGGAACGUUGGUUCGUCCUAUGAGAUCGCUAAAUUAAGAGUCAUACGUUUGAUGCUUUCAGCAAUACUAUAUCUCCUAUGUUGAUUUAGAAUCGUAAACUCAUCAGACAUAAUUCAUAAAGAGAUCUAUUUAUUUUCUACUUAUAACCUUGAUUUGAUU